CAAUUGGACCCGAGAUCUGGACGGCUGUCAGUCCAUGAAAGACAUCGUUAAGCACUUCUCGGAUCAGCUCCAAGAGUUGAACCCAAAGGGUCGCACGUAUGACAUCGUCGGCUAUUUUGACUUCGGAUUGAUGGCCACAAAGUUGGUUAAGUCGGCUCAGGUGGGACGGGCUGUCAUUAUAGACAUACUGUCCGAGACUCAGUUCUCGGAGGAUAUCGUGACCGACGAGUUCCUUCUGGAGUUCAUCUUCAUGUUCGUGUCCAACGAAAUCCCGCAAUCUUUUAGGGAUAAGAUCUUCCGCGACAUGAAGUGCGAGCCGAACAUCGACUCCCGUAUCCGUCGCGCCUGUAAUGAGAUCCGCGACUUCGCCGGCAAAGGACUCGUGGCACCAGAUUUGGAGGAAAUACUCAGGAAUUCCCUGAAAAGGGCUAAACUGUUAGCAACUCAUCGGUCGGAGAAGAAGAAGAAGUUGACUAAAUUGAAGACCAAAAUGGCUGCCAAAUGGGCCAAACUUGCGGGAAAAUUAGUGGUCAUUAAGCCGUUUGAAUUCAACAAAGUUGAGGACGAGGAUGAGUCCAUGGAUAAGACCAGGGACUUGUACUUUUUGCCUCAUGAUAAGGGGUCGACUACUGGUGCCGUUGACUUCGUGAAAGUCGAUGAAUAUUCACUGGCAAUCGCUUCCGAAAAGAUUGGCGAGAAAUUGCUGGAUAUUUUAAAUCUCAAAUAAGAAUACAAUUUUGCUCAAUAUACUUAAGCCUUUCAUUAUUUUAUAUGAUUUUUUAAAUAAUAAAUAUAUUAUAUGAUGAUAUUUAUACUUAAAUAUGGGGA